GGAUCCGAACAGGGAUCUCAGGCCGCAGCCGCGUCCCACCACGCCCCGCCACGCCCCGCCACGCCCCGCCAUGUCACUUGCAAUUUAUUGAGCACCGACCCUGCGGCUCGGCCCACCGCUCACACCUGCAGCUGCGCGCCUUGCACGCGUCUCCAGGCGUCCCGAGCGCUCGUGCUGUCGAGUUAAGCCCUUGCUGUGUUGUUGCAGAUCACACGCCGUGCCUGUCCUACCGGCGGCGCGCGAGCCGCGGCUACUCGGCCGACGUGUUCCUGCCGCAGUGCCAAGGCGACGGCUCCUUCUCGCCGCUGCAGUGCCACGAGGAGUCGGGCUACUGCUGGUGCGUGACCCCGCAGGGCCGCCAGGUGCCGCACACGGCCCUCAAGGGCCGCCGCCCCAACUGCACGCGGCCGGCCAAGACGCGCCGCGGCUCCGGCCCCCGCGGCCCGGCGCGGGCCUGGCGGCGUCAGCGCAGGGGCUGCGGCCGCGGCGAGCGCGCCAACUUCAAGAAGAACCUCAUCGAGAUCUUCCGCAUCGAGUACCGGCGCGCGGCGCUCGCCUCAGAGACGCGGCCCGGCCCUGGCCCCGGCCCCGGCCCAGAGAUGGACCUGCGGGUGCUGGAGUGGAAGUUUGCCGAGCUGGACACGAAUGGCGACGGCCUCCUGCGCCGGCCCGAGUACCAGGAGCUGCGCCGCUCGGUGCGCAAGAAGCUGACCCCCAAGCCGUGCGCCAGGACCUUCACCCGACGAUGCGACAUGGACGGCAACAAGAUCAUCUCCAGGCUGGAGUGGGAGGCCUGUCUCGGGCACGAGUUUAACAGCUUGCGACCGCAGCGGAGGCCCGCUAAGGCAAUGGACUCGGGUGCUCAUCCAGUGCUGCAGGAGAGUGUGUCCACUCUGGCGGUGCAGCUGCCUGGUUUUCCGCUCGAAAACCCGGAGCGCAGAGAGGAGCCGGAAGUGACGGACUGCCUGACGGACCGACAGGCAGUCAUGGAGGAGCAGCGCGCCGCCAGCGACGUCCUCUACAUCCCGGAGUGCACCGACGACGGCCGCUACAACAAGCUGCAGUGCUACAACUCGACGGGCUACUGCUGGUGCGUCAACGAGGACACGGGCAAGCCCAUCCCCGGCACCUCCGUCAAGGACCGGCGGCCCGCCUGCGACGCGCUCGCGCCCACCAUGAAGGGCUGUCCGGAAGUGAGAAGAAAAGAGUUCCUGAAAAACCUGAAAGACUUCUUCAAAGAAAGGAUGCAGGCCGCAAUGAAUGAAACCGAUUCUAGCAGCCCAGCGAACCGCCAGGUGUCUCCAGAGGACAGAAUAGCCACGUGGAACUUCCUCGCGUUCGACAAGAACAAGAACAAGGUGCUGGACCGGCCGGAGUGGAAGGCGUUCCGGCAGCUCGUCAGCGGGCACCAGCUGCUGAGGCGAUGCGGCAAGAAGCUGCCACGGUACUGCGACGCCAACCAGGACCGCUCCAUCACCAUCACCGAGUGGCUCGAGUGCCUCCGGACGCCGACAGCGGUGGAAGCAGUCACCGUGGCCUCACACACGCGGAGAGGGCCGAACCCCUUGGAUUCCUACUUGAAGAGCGAGUAAAGGGAAGGCCCCCCCUCUCCCCUCCUGCAGCAGGUCGGACGGCUGGGUGGACUCGCGGGGUGGGUCAUGGAUCACACCCUGCGGGUUACGGGCCCCUCCCCAACCCAGCGUCGAAUGUUCUCGCAUCUCACCCCCCAUCUUUGGGGACCCAUCUGUGAUAAUCAGGGGGCGGACGACGACGAGGUCGCCGCCCUCACGAUCUCAUUGACUCUGUUAUUUAUGUUGUGGUGGACCAUACAGUACGUACGUACACUGUUAGAGGUACUAGCAGCCCAGUGAAGUGUAGUUGUCUUACAAACUUCGUGAAUCCCCGUAUUAUUGUUAU